CUUCACACUCACACAGCGCCCUGGCGUGCGUUAUCACCCAGACACCCUCAGCCAUCUGUGAUGGCGUUUGCCCGGCGCCCGUGCGCGGUGGCGGUGCUCGCCUGCGCCGCCGCAUUCCUCGUUGCCGCGGGCGGCAAGCCAGAGCGCCCCAGCAUGUGGGACCGCGACGUGGUACCCGUCUACCUGAGCCCCGGCGCGUCGCCCUACUGGGUGAGCUGCUACGACCGUAGCAACCCGGAGCAGGACACCCUGCCCCCUGCGUGCACGCUCCAGGCGCGCCAGUGCCCACGCGACUGCCGCGACCUCUGCUACCUGGACUGCCUCACCUGCAAGCUCGUCUGCAUCUGUGAUCUGAGCGGCACGGAGUGCCACGACCCGCGCUUCGUCGGCGGCGACGGCAACAAGUUCCUCUUCCACGGCCGCAGGGACGCCGACUUCUGCCUCCUCUCCGACUCCAACCUGCACAUCAACGCGCACUUCAUCGGCAAGCGCAACGAGCAGGGGGCACGGGACUUCACCUGGGUGCAGGCGCUCGGCAUCCGCUUCGGCGGCCACCGCCUCUACCUCGGCGUCAAGCGGACGGUCACCUGGAACAGUGCCGUCGACCGCCUCGCCAUCACCUUUGACGGCCUGCCCGUCGAGCUCGACGCCGCGCCGGCAUCCAGCUGGAGCCCGGCCUCCGCACCUGCGCUAUCCGUCUUCCGCACCGGCGCGGCCAACGGCGUGGUUGUGCGCCUCGACGGGCGGUUCCGGAUCGUCGCCAACGCGGUGCCGGUCACCGAGGAGGACUCCAGGGUCCACGGCUACGGCCUCACCGCCGACGACAGCCUCGCGCACCUCAACGUCGCCUUCAAGUUCCACUCCAUCACCGCCGACGUGCACGGCGUGCUCGGCCAGACCUACCGCUCCGACUACGUCAGCGCCGGGGUCGACAUGGGCGCCAAGAUCCCGGUGAUGGGCGGCGCCGGGAAGUACCAGGUUUCCAACAUCUUCGGGACGGACUGCGAGGUGGCGCGCUUCGCCGGUGAGGAUCUUGGGGAGGUGGGCCUGAUCCAGGAGCCGGCCGACACCAUGUGCGGCAGCGGCAAGGGCAGCGCCGGGCUGGUCUGCAAGAAGUGAAGUACUAUGGCGCGAUAGCUGGGUUUGCUUUCUAUACACACGUGUGCCUGCCUAUAUACGUCUACGUGUCCGCUGCUGCUACAUUUGUUAGUAGCGGUUCUACGUUUGGUUUCAGAAUAAAUCACCUGCUGUCUGGUGAUGUUUUGUGUUGGUCGAUCGUCGUACCUGUGUAGGACAACGUUGAAAGCAAAACGUUGCUCGGUGUGCCAGGCUAGCAUAGGAUUGGCAGGCAUGGCUCGAAGUUCAGAUGCAUGCCGACCGAAUCUUAGCUACCCCUCAUGGUUUGUUUUCUCGAUAAUUAUUAAUCAAUGAAGUUUUUGUUCUA